AGCCUGCCUCGGCCUCCCAAAGGCCAGUGCUUUGUUCAAAAACCUUGGUGACUCCCUGCUGCCUACAGAAUACAGUCCAAAUUCCCUGGCUGAGCAUGCAAAACCCUUCAUGACCUGACUGCAAGUUGCCUGCCUCUUCUCAUGACUCACAUGUGCUAGUGAAACUGAAAAUAACAUGCCUUGAAUGUUCCUGCUUCAGCUAAUAAUCUGGCAUAAUUUUUCCUGGACCUUUGUUUGUUGAAAUCCUUUCUGUCCUUAUUUUAACUCUUUUCAGGCAUUUAUCAAGUUCUGUCACUUAUUUUAACUACUUGGUAACAUGUCUUAGCCCACUCCAUCCUGCAUUACACUGUCAGAUGCUCAAAGCAAACACUAUGUUUCAUUUAUCUUUGUCUCCCCAUCCCCCCACUCCCCGCCUCACCCAGUCCCCUGCACACACCUAGCACACUACUAGGGAAACUUGAAUUGAGGUAAAUCAAAUCGAAACCUACUCCAGGAAUUACGUUCUCAAAUUAUGGUUAUAGAUUUUGACAACUGGAAAUAAUCUAAGCAAAUCAUCUCAUUUUACAAAUGAGAAAACCAGAGGUCAGAGAGGUGAAGUUACUUGCUCAGUCUUUCCCAGCUGCCCUUAAAUAGUUUUUUUGUUUACACUGCUCUGGUAACAGCACUUGCAGCCUUGUCAUAGGUAUAUCUAUUUUCAUGUCUCCUCUUCUUUCCUGGAUGCAAGCAUCUCAACCUCGACACGUUGCUCUUUCGGUGAUUUUAGUGUGUCAUUUUGAUACUGGAAAUAUAGAUGGGUAGUAGAGCCAGCUUCAGCAAAUUCAUAGCUACAGCGCCUGAAUGGACACUAGAUGGCAGUACGACAGACAGACUCCAAUUGAGGUUUCAACAGUGGAACUUAAUGUGCAAGCCGGAAGGAACCUUAGACACCAUCCAGUCCAACCCCUCACUUUUUUUUCAGCAAACAAAUAAAAAACCCCAAGAACAAGAAACAGGAGUGACUUGCACAAUAAUUGUUGAGUGGCAAAUCAAAUGAUGCUGUUUGGAAAAGUUUCCCAGCAGUUGUGUGGCAUAAAGAAACUCCCAUGGUCAUGUGAUUCCAGAUACUUCUGGGGCUGGUUGAAUGCAGUGUUUAAUAAGGUGGAUUAUGAUCGCAUCAGGGAUGUUGGCCCUGACAGGGCGGCAUCUGAGUGGUUGCUGCGCUGUGGGGCCAUGGUGCGCUACCAUGGCCAGGAGAGGUGGCAGAUGGAUUACAACCACCUUCCAACAGGCCCUCUGGACAAAUACAAGAUUCAGGCUAUUGACGCCACCAACUCUUGUAUCAUGAGCAUUGGAUUUGAUCACAUGGAGGGCCUACAGCAUGUUGAAAAAAUAAGGCUGUGCAAGUGUCAUUAUAUCGAGGAUGACUGUUUGCUGAGACUUGGUCAACUUGAAAAUUUACAGAAAAGCAUAUUGGAAAUGGAAAUAAUAUCCUGUGGGAAUGUCACAGACAAAGGCAUCAUUGCUUUGCGUCAUUUAAGAAACCUCAAAUAUUUGUUGUUAAGGGAUCUUCCCGGAGUAAGAGAAAAAGAAAAUCUUGUCCAAGUCUUUGAGACAGCACUGCCUUCUCUGGAACUAAAAUUACAAUUGAAGUAAAAUAAUGUGUCUUAUUUCAGUAUAAAGGAUCAUUUGAAACUGUUGAUUCUAAACAUCAACUAAUUAUAUAGUCAUCAGUAGAAUUAUAAGGAUGCCAUAUCAUGACAUUUUAGAAGUGGAGAGUGCAUCAUAUUUAGAAAAUAAAUAUUCAGACAUGACUCAGUAAUGUUACUAAGUUGGAAGUGAGAAUUUAUGUACCUUAAUUCAUUUUAAGAAAAGUGCAGCCAGGCGUGGUGGCUUAUGCCCAUAAUCCCAGCACUUUGAGAGGCCAAAGCGGGCAGAUCACCUGAGGUCAGGAGUUCGAGACCAACCAUGGCCAACAUGGUGAAACCCCGUCUCUACUAAAAAUACAAAAUUAGCUGGGUGUGGUGGUCCACGCCUAUAAUCCCAGCUACUCUGGAGGCUGAGGCAGGAUAAUUACUUGACUUGGGAGGUGGAGGUUGCUGCACUCCAUCCUGGGCGACAGAGCAAUACUCUGUCUCAAAAAAAAAAAAAAGAGCAAACUAGGUAACAUUUUAAUUCUAAUAUAUUCAUUUAAUAUGUAAAUCUAUAGGUAUCUCUUGAUGUAGAUAUUUAUUUAGAAUCCUUUAAAAUUAUUUGUACAACAGAUGUUUUUAUUAGUAAUUUACAUUAAAUUUAACUUUAAAGUUAGUGAAGCAUACUACCAUAAAUGCAAAAUUAUGAAAAAUUAGAAGCUAAAUUAAAGAUUCAUUGAUGGCGUCAAUUAUGCAUAGUGGUCAGUGGUUGUUGAAGCAUGCAUUUCAUAUUGCUUCCCAGGAUUUGCAUGCAUUUCCCAUGAUCCUGCAUUCUUGUGUUCUUGAAAUACAGACUUUCUCAGAAUCAACAGUUGCGGCUUAAUUUGUCUAUUUUGUAAGUUUAGGCUACUAUUUUAUUAAAACUGGACAGAUAUUUGGCUGAAUGCAAAUAGUUUUGCAGAUUGCAAUAUAAUAAAGGAAACAAUAAUAAAAACCAGUAGGCUAUGCUUAGGUUUUUCUUAAAACCUAAAACUGCUGUAGGCUCGGUGCUGUGGCUCAUGCCUGUAAUCCCAGUGCUUUGGGAGGCUGAGGUGGGAGGAUCACUUGAGACCAGAAGUUUGAGACCAAUUUGGGCAACACAGCGAGACCCCAUCUCUAUAAAAAAUUUUAAAAAUUAGCCAGGCAUGGUGGUGUACACCUGUAAUCUCAGAUAUUUGGGAGGUUGAGGUGGUAGGAUCGCUUGAGCUCAGGAGUUUGAGGCUGCAGUAAGCUAUGAUCACGGCCACUACACACCAGCGUGGUAGCCUGGGUGAAAGAUGGAGACCCUGUCUCUUAAAAAAAAAAAAAAAAAAAAAAAAGGCUGGCCUGUAAUCCCAGCACUUUUGAAGGCCAAGACGGGCAGAUCAUUUGAGUCCAGGAGUUCAGGAUGAGCCUGGGCAACGUGGCAAAACCCUGUCUCUACCAAAAAAUUAAAAAAUAAAUAGCUGGGUGUGGUGGCACAUUCCUGUAGUCCCAACUACUCAGGAGUCUGAGGUAGGAGGAUCAUUUGAGCCUGGGAAGUCAAGGCUGCAGUGAGCCAUGUUGGCACCACUGCACUCCAGCACUCCAGCCUGGGCAACAGAUUAAGACCCUGUCUCAAAAAAAAAAAAAAAAAGUCAAAAAUAGAUAAAACAGGUCUAUAUAAACGUAUAACCUGUUACCUGUGUGAAAUGGCCCUGAUUCUAUUACUGUUAUAUGCCAGUUUGUUUAUAGAUUUCUGUGUGUUUGAUUUGAACUUUUUUUUUUUUUUUUGAGACAGACUCUCACUCUAUUGCCCAGGCUGGAAUGCAGUGGUCUGAUCUCGGCUCACUGCAACCUCUGCCUCCCGAGUUCAAGCAGUUAUCUGCCUUAGCCUUCCAGGUAGCUGGGAUUACAGGCACCCGCCACCACGCCCAGCUAAUUUUUGUAUUUUUAGUAGAGACAGGGUUUCACCAUCUUGGCCAGACUGGUCUUGAACUCCUAACCUCAGGAUCCACCCGCCUCAGCCUCUCAAAGUGCUGGGAUUAUAAGCGUGAGCCACCGUGCCCAGCCUAGUUUGAACAUUAUUGAGCUGUUGAAUAUAAACUUGAAAAUAAUUUUCAAAUAAACACUUUCUAUGAUACAGUUUUCAGGUAGAAAAAUGAAUUUUCGUUGUGUUUAAAAACCAGCUCAUACAAAUAGCACAUAGUAUAAACGGUAAUUGCCGCUGUCAUUUUAAAAAUUAGAAAAUAGUAAAUAAAAGGAUGUGGAAGAGUCUUGUGAUACAGUGGAGAUUUCAUGCUGAAUAAAAGGAUUAUAAAUAUGGUUAAAUUGAACAUAAACAUAAAUGUAAUGGAACUCAGAAAAAUAAGCCUUUUUUCUCAGGUUUGUUUCAUUACUGUAUGGUGAGACACCUGAUUCACCACGAUUUAGUCUAGAACUACUUUUCUAUUCUGAAUGGUUUUUGGUAAAACUAUUUGCUGAAUUAUCAGGCACUUAUAGUAAUCUGCCUCUGUCAAGUACAUUUUCUUGGGUUAAGGAAAAAAAAUUUUUAACUAUUCAUGGAAGCUGGAUGUUCCUUCUUGUCAUUUGAAUCAAAGCUGUCUAACAGGAAUUGAAUAAUUCAGGGACUAGCAUUUAACCCAUAUCAGGUCUAGGCAAGAAAUGACAUACAUUAGGAAGUGUUAGGAUAUCAUUAAACUGCCUAGAGUCAAAAUUAUUGAACACACACCAGACCUCAGUGGAUUACUUAAGUAAAUGGGGUCAGAUGUCAUCGUGAAGAAAAUUAACAGGAAGAAAAUGAGAGUACAGAAGAAUUGUUUUGAAAAUAGAGUGAAAUACAACUUCGAAGACCAUAGCUGAGAAGUGCUAGGAAUAGUGGCAGCACAUCAACCAGAAAUGGUGUUGAGCUGUAAGAAACAGAUGUCAGGCUUCAUAUUGCCCUUUUUUCCGGGGAACAAGGAUGAAAAAGCUUUUUGAUUAAGAGCAGUAGACCAAAUCAAAGCUAAUUAUGUCAUUUUGGCCAGGCGCAGUGGCUCAUGCCUGUAAUGCCAGCACUUUGGAAGGCUGAGGUGCUCAGAUCAUGUGAGCCCAGGAGUUCAAGACCAGCCUGGGGAACAUGGCAAAACCCUGCCUCUACCAAAAAAUACAAAAAAAAUUAGCCAGGCAUAGUGGCACAUGCCUGUAGUCCCAGCUACUUGGGAGGCUAAGGUGGGAGGAUCGACAUAUAUAUAUGUCAUCAUUUUAAGUCUCACUGUGCAAGGCUAUGAGUCCUCAGUAAUACUUUGGACUACUUAGUGUAAUACAUUAGUUGUUAGAAUAGCGCAUAUAUAUAUAUAUACACACACACACACAAACAUACACAACAUACAAACAUAGUGCAAAAAGAUGUUUCAGGGAAAACAUCGAUUUACAAUGUAAUGUCUUUCAUGACUCAAGUAAAAGCUCACAAGCAAUUUCUUCUGAAACCCAGAUCACUGUAUUAAAGGUUUGCCUAUAGAUGUACCAGGUCAAAGGCUGUGCCAGAGAGAAUGAUGUGCUAAUUAUUUUCAGGCUGACAGGUUCAGUUCCUGCAAAGCCUGUAGAUCUUGCUCUACCCUUUGAUUGCCUUAAUCAGCUGCCAGGCUUCAUGCCAUGGUUUGCAAGGGGAAUUGGAUGAAUAAAUGUAGACAGAUUACAGUAAAUUCAUCUUGCCUGCAAAAGUGACUAAGGUGCAUCCUUUACUGAUAAAGUAAGGAUGAAAUGUAUAAACAUAUAAUUAAAUAUAUAAAUUACCAA